UGAUUCAUGGUCACCACCGUUCAGUCUUAUAUAAUGACGCAACAUGUCCACUAGGUGGUACCAUUAAUAUGGCAUGGAUAAUUAAGAGUUUAUGACAUGAAUGGAAAUUGCCUUUUGUGUGAAAGCAGUGGUGUAUUGUAUGUAAUAGUCGACAAUAAUAUCCUUAUAAUAAUAACCUUAGAACUUUCCUAAAAUGUUCAGGUGGAUAGCCAGAUGUAAUACUGUACGGUAUUUCACGAAGCCAAUGCUGUUCUUCAAGAAACAUUCAUUACCCUACAUUAAAUGUCCUUUAUAUUUCUAGAUUUUACAAAUGUAAUUGCGAACAUUAAAUAUUUACAGCAGUGUAAAUUUCACAACCUAACAACUACUCUCGUUGCUUCCAGAUUUUUUUCCAGAAGCAAUGCAUUACUCCAACUGGAGAAGGCACCACAUUCAGUCCCUUCUAUUCCAUUUCAAGGUUAUGGUUACUUGAAAUCAAUAAAUGAACUGAUUGAGUAGUUUAUUGAAAUACCAGGGAGCUUCAUUAGAGCUUUGUUCCACAAGACCAGCUUCAUUGAAAGCUGGGGUGCUCGCGGAUUGUCCAGCCACCACGUUCGUGAGAAAGCUCACGGCUGGCAUAUUUACUGGCCCGUUAGUAUUUGUUUGAAAUGGGACGAUAGGGCAUGCGUUUCUGGCAUGUAUAGUUCAUCUUGGAUGUUUCCAACCCAGGCUCUGUUAUAUAGAAUACAUGGCCUGCAUGCUUACAUAUGCUGAAAAGCAUGCACAACAAUCGCAAUCUACAGACUAUAGCACACUCUUUGGGAAGACCUGAUAGUGUAUUAUGCUGUAUACAAGAAAAUCUGUGGCAAAUGUGCAUGGUGAGAGCAUAUUUUCAUACACAUUAAAAAAACAUCAUUUUAAGCAAUCUUAUUUGGCAGGUCUUUUAUAUUUUCUAUCUGACCAAUUUUCAAAAUACGUUGUAUCUGCCGUAUCCGAAUGCAAAUGAAAGUGCAUUUUUUUUUUAGAAACCGGUUCUCAAUUGGGAAAGUAAGAGCCAAAUAAAACAAGGCGGCUUUUUGUUCAAUAGCUGUGUUAAAAUUAGGGGAAAAGAGCUUGUGUGAUGAGCGGCAAAAAAGCGCUCCUUAUACAUACAUUCACUGGUUAAGAGUGUUUGGAUUAACCACUUUAAUUUGACAAAGCACUUUACAUUAAUUUAUGCAAUGCUCAUUACAUCUAUCCACCCGCAAUAUAUUUUUACCCAUAAAUUAGCAAAUACCGUAUAUGACGCAUUGUUCUUGCAGUCAGGACGGCCGUGGAACAAAUUCCUCUUUGCUUAAAUGUUUACAUUGGUUUUGAAACCUUACGUGCAAUGCCUUGCUUUUCCAAUGAGUGUCAUUGGUCGUCCAGUGUUGCCAAACAAAUGGAACGUCAAAUCCUCAUCCCCCCAGCUUUAGGAUUAAAAUGUGAAGCUUCUCCAGCCACACAUUACCAGAGCUGGAAUUGUUACUGACCUGGAAACCUUGUGACCAAUUCUCAUUGCCGAGAUCAAUUCCAAUCAGUAAAGAUGUUGAUCUUUUUCAAUCAGUUGUACGGAGUGAAGGCUUCAUAAUAGAUGUCGACUGCUUGGACAAAUGCUAUCACAUCUUCUAAUGACUCAUCGUAAAGCUAAGUGUUAAGCGGACGCCUGCUGCAGUGCCGUUACAAUUUUUUGAACACGGUUGUAUGUUCCGAUUGACUAUGCUUAAAGUAUUUGUCAUGAAUUGCUGGGCUGUGUCAGCAUAUUAUUUAGGUUCUUCAGCUAUAUUUUUACAUACAGCAUAUUUGUGGCUAUUAUGUAGAGUGUAUAUGGAGAUCAAUCUUAAUUCUUAAAAAAUAUAUACACUCGAAAUGUUUGUGCGGAUGGGGAAUUCCCUUUCGUAAAUGUGCUGUCUCAUGUGUGACUGUGUCAAGCAGUUUGUGAUAAGUCUGAGUUCAUGUAACCAAGUUGUUUUAUUUUGCCAUAGUUGAAAUUUUAACGAUAGUUUUCAGUUGCUACCUCCCAAUUUUCUGGGGCUCAAAAUAAAAAAUGUGGGAUAGAAUAUUUUUCUAGUUAAAACCAUAGACUCAACUCUAUUUUUACCAAAAUUACAGCUCUUCAUGUCUUCUAGGACAUCUUCAGACUUUCCAUCAGCCAGUCACUCAGUUAUUCCCUAAUAAUCACCCAUAAUCUAUCCACUGCUGGAUAAAGGCUUUCCAAAGUGGUCGCUAUUCCUCAUGGUCUCAUGAUGAAAUGAUCCAUCUACUCCUGCACGUGACCUGCCUUGUCGCUCCAUUCUAUCAAUCUCAACCAUCAGUCUUCAUCCCUUCCAGAGACAUAUUCUGCCCAAGCCAAAUUGUCUACUAGGUAAUUUGAUGUGUGAAAUUUGUGAAAGUUAUACAUAUAUAUGUUAAAUUUCAACAGUCUUUGUUAAUGCGGAUGUUUUAUUGUAUCAUUGCAUCUGCAAUUGUUUAAGUUGACCAAUGAUUACGUGUUCAAAUCCACAUUUCAUCGAGACCUUGCCGGGUCUAUCCUAUAAACAUUAAUGGACACUAAAUUUAUGGAAUGUAAAACAAAAAACAAUAAAAAGGCAUUGACUGUGACUGCUGCAAAUGUAAUAGAACAUCCAUCAUCAGGUGAUGCCUAUUGAUCAUUCGUCUGUGAAAUAAGUUGAACACUAAUCACCUUUUGGGUCACAAUUAAUUACGUUUUAACUAUGAGUUUCAAAUUUAUCAAGGACAGUUACUGGAAUUUGUUUCAGGGCAGGUGGGUAAUAAUUGUGUAAUUCUCCGCAGUUUUGUGCUACGGUAUAUGCACAUCAUCUGUGGAGUGAUAAGUGUAUCCUGAGAAUCUGUGAAGAGACGGAAGAGGGCAGCAUUCACUGAUGGGACUGCUUGCAACAUAAAUAAUUAACCAAAUAGUGACUCGUCUGUCAUGCGCUUUUAUUUAUGUAUUUUCUCCAAAAUGCAUUCGUGUUUGCAUACUCCAGCGAAGGUUUAUGUUUAUAGUCUAUUCAUAUAGCCCAGAACUAAGUAGAUUGCAUGGACAUGCCUAAAGGCACCUUUUAGAUCUAUUGAUGUUUGCAAUGGCCAAAUUUGUUGCAAUUUUUGUAUUAUAAAUUUCCUUAACUUGACUACUUGUAAAUGCAUCUAUGGCAUACAUUUAUACAUUGUUAUAUACGUACAUACACUGUUUCGUGAUGCAUAUGUUCAUAAUUGGGAUCGUCAUCUUGGUAAACUAAAGAAAACCUAGAAUGUAGACAAUUUGACAAUGCUGUUAGACGUGCGUUACAAAAAAAACCCGUUGUGUGGUAUCCCUUUAGUAUUUGGAUAAUUUCCAAAAGAGUUCAGUGUGGUUGUAAGGCGGGGUGUGUCUCUCUGACAUUUGGUGUGCUGUAAAACAUCAGUUAAACCUUGUGAGGGCAGUGUGCAUCCCACUGUCGAUAGCAAUACAAUUCCAGGCUCUGUUGUUGCUUGUAUAAAAAAAAACACUCGCAGCGUGAAGUCACCGUUAUCAGAACAUCGACUCGGUGAGCUUCUGUGUUGGAGGCUGUCUGCUCACUGGGUGGUUCAUCAGCUGACACGUCACAUCUCUGGAUAUGCGCUGGCGUGAAAUCUGACAAGGAAUAUCAUUCGCGCCUGUGGAAAAGGUCAUUGGAGCGUAUUUUGCCGGUAACACGGUGGUCAAGAGUGCUGCUGUGUUUGGAAUUUGAAAGGAAAUCGGAAAAAACGUGGAAACUGCUGUGUUAGCGAAAUGGAAUACUCAAUGUAAGAGCUGAAUGAAUUGAAGAUCAAGUUCCCGUCAGUGAGUUCAUGAUUCUGCCGAUGGGAAGUACAGUAUUUUUUCACAUUUGUUAUUGCAUUAUGCUUGUCUUGAAUAUAUAAACGAAAGCAUUCUAAUUUAAUACGUGUUUAUAAUAGGAUAAAUAUUACAUUUUCAUAUACUUUUACUUUAAUAAUGUAUAUAAAACACAUUUAUUGAAUGUUAAAUAUUCAACCAUCCUUGCUUAUAAUCAAUACACUUAGGGCAAAUAAUAAUAAUAGUAUGUGCACAUCCAGAAACUAAAUCCGCAUUGUUAAAACAGCCAGCUUGCUUUCAUACAUUCUUGGAGAGUUGUAUUGUUUUGUAACAUCUUGAGAGUUAUUUUUGCUGGUAUUCUAUUUUAAUGUUCGGCCAACCUUGCCAUGAUUGAACUGGAAGAAACAGAGCGUGACCAAGAGCCAGAAACUAUUACGAGGGAACAGAAUGCAUUACCCUGCCGACCGAGGUUGCAAACCCAUCAUCACUUUGCCUACAACACCAAGUUACACGGUGUGAAGUACAUCUUCCUUAGCCGUCAUUGGUUUUUGUGGCUCCUGGCUGUCUUGACAUCAGUGAGCCUCCUACUCACUUGGUCCAAUAACCGAGUGCACUACCUAUUGUCCCAUCCAGUACACACUAAUAUGCAAAUGAUCUUUGUUCACAACCUCACCUUUCCGACCGUUACCUUCUGCAACAAUAACUUGCUACGUUUCUACAAGAUGACACGGCAGGACCUGCACUUGGCAGGCAACUGGCUGGGUCUGUUGACCGAUAAUGGCACAGCCAGGCCGGAGGUGCUGGAUUUUCUGGAGGACACUGGUAGAAAAACCUGGUUCAAGAAGUUUGCAAACUUUUCCAUGUUCCUGCCGGCACCCGUCUCCAAUUGGGAAAUGCUCCAUUUGAUUAACCGGUCAGGCCACCAACUGGAUGAAAUGCUCCUAGACUGCAAGUUCCGUGGGAGACAUUGUACCCUGAACAACUUCUCCACAGUGUUCACGCGCUAUGGCAAGUGCUACAUGUUCAACUCGGGCAAGGGUGGGCGACCGCUGCUCACGACGCUGAAGGGCGGCACGGGGAACGGCCUGGAGAUGAUGCUGGACAUUCAGCAGGACGAGUAUCUGCCCGUGUGGGGCGAGACCGAUGAGAUCUCCUUGGAAGCAGGUGUUAAAGUACAGAUACAUAGCCAAGACGAGCCUCCGUUCGUGCACCAGCUGGGCUUUGGUGUGGCACCCGGAUUUCAGACUUUUGUUUCCUGUCAGGAACAGCGGCUCAUCUACUUGCCGUCCCCAUGGGGCGACUGCAAGGCUGACCCCAUCAAUUCAGACUUCUUCGACACCUACAGCAUCACGGCUUGCCGCAUCGACUGCGAGACGCGUUACGUGGUCGAGAACUGCAACUGCCGCAUGGUGCACAUGCCAGGCGAUGCACCAUACUGCACACCGGAGCAGUACAAAGAGUGUGCAGACCCAGCCUUGGACUUUCUAGUGGAGAAGGACAACAACUACUGUGUCUGCGACACACCAUGCAACACCACACGCUACGGAAAGGAGCUCUCCAUGGUGAAAAUCCCAAGCAAGGCUUCGGCAAAGUAUCUCGCCAAGAAGUAUAACAAGACCGAAGAUUACAUCCGGGAGAAUGUGUUGGUUCUUGACAUAUUUUUCGAGGCUCUCAACUAUGAAACGAUUGAGCAGAAGAAAGCGUACGAAGUUGCUGGCCUCCUAGGCGACAUCGGUGGUCAAAUGGGUCUGUUCAUUGGAGCAAGCAUCUUGACCAUUCUGGAAAUAUUUGACUACCUUUAUGAGGUAUUAAAGGACAAGGUUUGCAAGUGCCGCAAGAAACACAACAAGAAAAGAAGUGAAAAUAUGACACCGUGCGAGACCCUCCGGAGUCACCACUCACAAGACGUGCACUUCAACAGUAGCAUUCUACCUCAUCACACCGUCAGAGGGACGUUUGAGGAUUUUGCGUGCUAAUGGCUUAUAUUAAUCUCCUACAUGUAUUUACAAACAUUUAGUGGUUGAGUUAGCGAUCUCCAAUAAGAUGAGGAAACACAACAAACAAUUUUAAAAAAUCCGUUCCACUAGGUACAGAGUUUUGUAAAAUAAACUCUCGAUUAUUCAGGGUAAUGGAAAGGAAGGGGUAGCACGGAUAAAACAAAAACACGGGCAACGCAAAACGUACGUGAUUCAGCCAAUGGAAACUAGUUAAUUGCUUACCCAGGUACAAUGGGGGAAAAGACGAAAACUGUGCCAUUUUUAUUCUUCCUUAAAUUAAUAGGUUUAUUUGCCGACAUGUUGCAAUCACGUGGCUACUGAGUCAUUGACCCUCUCGAAUGAGAAGUCGGUAAGAACUAAAGCAGCCCAUGUAAAGAUUUACAUAUUUAUUUUGGAAGCUGAAGCAUGGCCAAUCCGCAACCCAUGUAAUCCACCCACGGAUAAUUGAGAGUGAACGUAAGUAAUACAUCCAUAGUCCUAAGUGAUUUUUUGCAAACAUUUGCACACAUGACUGC